UGUAAACGCUCUGUAAAUUCCAGUGUUUUCAACACAGUGGCUCAUUAGCAAAGUUACACUUUCUGCUGCUACAUCUUAGUUUAAAGACUGCAAAAAUUACUGUAUGAAUUGGCCUACAAGACUCCGUCAUGUCUAGAAGAAGUGCGAGACUUCUUAAUGUAGGGUACUAUGACCAGUCCUCAGAUGAUGAAAUCUCUGGCUCCAUGGUCUCCUACAAGGAGAGCCCUGUGCCUAGGGUAUUCAACAAGAGGAAACCGAGAACAGGGGGCCAUAAGGGAAUCCAAAAGCCAAAUCAGCCAAUCAAAGUCAUGGCGCCAACUGUGAGGGCCGUCCAGAGAAGGCAGACCUUCCUGUCUCCUACUGUGGCACCCAGUGUGGCCCCUGUUCCUUUGGCCCCCGCCGCCUCUGUGGCCCUGCAGCCCAGCAUGAGCUCCUCCAGCAUUGGAUUCACCAGAAUUGACAGCUCUGGCUACUGCUCUGAUUCUGAGGAGCCACUGAGGGUCAAGACACGCUCCAACAGGAGACUAUCCAGCGGGAUAGGCACUAGGACCAGUGCCAGCGCUAGCUGCAGCCGUUCAUGUUUCCCGACUGGUUUGCCAUCCUGGUUUGUCAUCUUCCUCUUCCUCCUGCCCGUUCUCCUGACCUUCCUAUUUGUCUUUCCGACCGUGUUCCCCACCAUGAACCUCAACCUUCCAAUGAACCGGCCGACUCAACCUGACUCUCCGCCCGACCUGACAUCAAAGGCUACAUAUGGAACUUCUAUCAUGGAUUCAGCUCUUGAAGACAAAAUGGACAACAUCCAGAGAGAGAUUGAAAUUCUUAAACAGAAAGCACACCAGCACCGAGGCAUUUCCCAGAUGGUACAAAGACUCAAUAUCGACAUGAGGGGAGUAAGGAGCGAGAUGAACAACGUCAGAGGGAAAGGGAACAGUGUCUCUAUUGCUGUCUCUACUGCUGGAGAGCGUCUGGCCCAGGACGCUGCCGAGUUCGGCAGCAAGAUGGCUGAUCUCCAAGAGGAACAGUCCAUUACCACACAGAGGGUCAGAGCCCUGGAGGACACCAGUGAUACGCUGCAGCAACAGGUGACCACCAUUCAAAACCAGCCUCCCCCUGCUCCCACACCAGAAAACAUACACCUGACACCUGAUUUUAAAGAGGCCAUGGAGAAAUGGCUGCGUGACCAACUGGCCCAGGAUGAGAGAUGGGACAUGAAACGGGUGAUAAGGAUUGCAGUGCGUCCGUUAGCGGACCGACUGCCUGACUUUGCCUUGGAGUCUCAAGGUGGCAGUAUUGUAACCAGCAGAUGCUCUGAGACGUAUCACACCCGUUCGGCCUGCGUGAGCUUCCUGGGGAUUCCCCUGUGGUAUCCUGAAGAGACCCCCCGGACUGUCAUCCAGGGCCAGCAGGUGCUGCCUGGCAAGUGUUGGCCGUUUCCUGGGGCCCAGGGCACUAUGACCAUCGCCCUGUCUCACCCCAUCCACGUGACCCAUGUCUCUCUGGAGCACCUCUCCACCGCCGUCUCCCCUAACGGACGCAUCGACAGUGCCCCCAAGGACUUCGCCGUCUACGGCAUGUCUACUGUCAGCGAAGAGGGAACACUGCUCGGAAUGUUUACAUAUGACCAGGCUGGAGAUCCCCUCCAGACAUUCAAAUUGCCUAACCCUACUGCAGUGUAUCGGUAUGUGGAGCUCCAUGUCCUCAGCAACUGGGGUCACCAGGACUACACCUGUGUGUACCGCUUCCGGGUUCACGGCAAGAUGGCUUCCUUUUGAAGGGGAUCGUCUAUCUAUCUUAACCCCUGUGUGUGUGUGUGUGUGUGUGUGUGUGUGUGUGUGUGUGUGUGUGUGUGUGUCCACCCCAACCCCAGAAUUUUCACUUUCAUACUGGAGCAUAUAUUUUGCCUCUAAAUAAAAUCUGUAUCAGGCAGUGUUUGUAUGGUUUUGGCACUAAUUGGAACUGAGUGUAAUGAUGGUGGCCAUAUUGGAUUCCCAAUAGAGUUGAAUUACACCAGAAUAGUUGUAAAUGUCAUAAGUAUAGUACGCCAUUCUAAAAGAUGUAUCUUAUUUGCAAAACUCAUUUACAGGUGAUUAAACCCCCAUCAAAUGGUAUUAUGGCAGCCAUAUUGGAUUUUGC